GGUAGGGAGGAAGUGAGUGAGGUAGGAAGAGAGAGAGGUGGUCUUUGUGAUGCGGAUGCGGAGUCAACGUGCAGCUGCUGCAGGAGUGGGAAUGGGAAUGUUUAGUAUGCUCAUUGUGUGUGUGUGUAUGUACGUUGAGCUGACUGACCGACAGUCUUCGAGAGAGAGUCGUGGUAAAUGGAUGGUCUUGAUCUUGAUCAAGAAAGAACAAACUAUACAAAAUGGACGCUCGCAGACUGACACUGUUAAUAACAACAGUGUGCAUGUUAACAGUGGCGGAAAUUCCGCAAAAAGCGGAAGCCAUCGGCAUUUCCGAAUUGCUGGACGUGAUCAGCAUCGGCAAGAACGUGGUGAUCUCGCUCGCAAAGUCAUGGAGCCUGAUCGACGAGCACUUUCACAUCAGCGAGGUGCCCUUUCCUCUCGAGUCCAAGUGGCAUCACAAGAUCGUCAACGGAAUGAAACUGAUUAACGAGAAGAUCGAGAAAGUGUCCAUACAUAUCGAAAAUACCGGAAUACAGUCCGUCACGGCGAUGAUAUAUAACAUGCCGGACAAGAUCAGAUACGACAGAAAACUGGACGACCUCUUCGAGUAUUUUAACCAGGUGAACAUCGCGCAUCGCACCAUGCAGAGUUAUCUGCACAACAAGAACGACCUGGAACGCUUCACGCUCGAAGACUUUGCCAAAUCCGUCAUCUCGCAUUCACCCAAUUCCGUGAAGAACACUAUCGAGCGCAUCCAUUCGUUGGUCGUCGUUCCUAAAGAGACGGAGAACGCCGGCGCCAUGUCCCUCUUCAAAUUGUACCACAAGCUAUUGGAACAAGAUAAACUGAUGGUAUGCAAACUGGGAAGAUCAGCGCAGAGGCAACUGCUGAAUCUGUUUGAGGCGAUUGCUUUGAUAGAACUCAAGGGCUACACUACCGUGCAAUUCUCCUACAUGCUACUCAAAAUGUACAACAUUGGGAAUUUCACAAAGGAAUCGGAAAUAAUAAUGUCGCGCAUGCAGAACCGAUCUGCGGAAACGCUGGAACAGCUCAUGAUGUACGCGCCGAAUUCGUCACGCGAAUUCUGGAAAUGCGAUCCGGUGACCUUCCAUAAAGAUGACUACAUCGAAAUCACCGAGCUCAUCCAGGGUUACAUUAUGAACGAGGUGGAUCUGAGCGAAACCAGCGAAUGUUUUAGAACGUGCGCAGACUACAAAUUCACAAACUCCAAGAGCUGCUACUUGAAUCUGUACUGCAGCCAGCAGCGGCGUUGCAACGGUGAUAUCAUAAAUUGCGAAUUCAUCGAUUCAGACUCGUGGGUCUGCCCGUCGAAAACACCCAACAGACGUUACGAUUACAUAAUGUACGAGAACGGAAAGAUUAUGGGCAAGAAGAGAUCGUGCGCGGCGACAAAGGUGGACAGCUGGUGGAGAUACCUGUUCUGGCAUUGCUCCUACUGCAUGUGCUACUGCGAUGAGCAGAGUCCCAAGUCGGACCGCUUCAUCGACCUGCGGAAGGUCGUCUCGGACAUCGACAACAACAUGGUCGUCACCGGUUUGCGGUUCGUCAAACGCAAUCGCAUCGUCCAUCUGCAGGUGCAGCAGGGUAAGCUGAUCGAGAACGGAAAGAUCGAACAUUUUUCGGUGAAAUGGGUGCCGAUCAGCGAGUUCCAGAUCACCGACCCCAUGAUCAGAGACGGAAAGGAUUACCACACCUUGACUUGGAAGAAGAGAGCCAUCAACUUGGACGAUCUGUACGCCCCCAUGAAUCAUCUGGUUACAGGCGUUCAAUUUCAACUGAUCGGGGCUCAUCUGAACCUGGCCAUCAGAACGACACCGUUCGAUAUUGAAACCGGCGAACUGUCUCCGUCGAAGAGCGAAUGGUUCGAGAAUCUGAAAACCGCCAGGAGCCAGAUCGUCACGUCUGAUAAGGAUGUUCCUAUUCUGUCCAAGCAGAAAUCAGAACCGCGCUCGACGCCCGGCCAAUACCUAGAGUUCACGCACACUAGCAUGUCGGAGGAUGCAGCGCAGACGACGGUACCCUUCUUCGACGCUCAACCGGUUUCUUCGAUGGUUUCUCCCAUCGAUGGCGUCGGCAUCAUGUACAAAACUACCGGCAACUACGGCGGUUUCAUAGCACCCAAACUGAUGACCCUGGAUUACUACAAGUACCUCGAUCAGCUUUCCGAAGAUAAGAUCGUACCCUUGCCUGAAUGAACAAUAAUAAGAACGAUCAUACAGAAAUCGCUGCAAUUAUAAACAUAAUCUCGAUUCGUUGCCAAAUAUACUUUACCAAGUACUAAUGAUAAGUAAA